AUGUCUGUAUGCGGUACCGCCAUCUUUGAUCCACACUUGCAACAACAGCUGGUUUCUAUCACUUAUAAAACUAAUGCAAAGGAUUUGCACCUUUAUGAGUCUGUGAAGAAGACAACAACAUUUCUUGCAGAGGCCUGUUUAAAUAUUUUUUUCCCCCCUGUGCCACUUGGUAUACAGUUAUCAGCUAUUGUGGAACUGAAAUUACUUCACCAUAUUGGAGUACCAUACAUAAUAGCAAAAAUCGCACCAGUUCUGGAUGAUAAUGGCUGGAACAUGGCAGAGACCAUUACUGUCGAUUUUGGAGAUAAAGGGAAUGAGGUAGAUGUCUAUCUGGAGAAUACAGCAAUAGUGAUGGUCGAUCAGUGUGGACAAAUGUUUGCAGCGCGAGCCUAAGAAGCUGUAUGUCCAGUACAAGAAGCAAGCAUGCUCUGUUCCUUGGCAGUGUAAGAACUGUAUUGUUGUGAACAAAUGUAUUGAACAAAAGACUCUUACAUUUUCUAAUGAUACAUCUUUCCCCAAAAUUCGUACAAAAUGUCUGAUACCACCUCCUUUUUACAUGCAUCUGGAUAGUUAUCGGACAAUCAGUAAUACCUAAGGUCUUGUAUGUUUGUCUUUAUGUAUAUCAAAUAUACCAUUCUGUCCUAUUUGAUAAAAAACUUGAUAUUUAUUGCAAAGGCAUAAGGAAUGUUCUAGAUCAUGCAUUGUCAUAAUUAUCUGUGGAUGGUUGUCAUUGAUAAAAAUAUGUGCAUAUUAUAAAAUUAAGUAAGUAAACAAGAAAUUGAAGUAAUAAGUCCUUACCAAUUAAUAAGUAGAGACUGGAGAGAUUUUAGCACGAAAAAGCAAUGCUUCUAACUAACAAAAUGGUAAUCUAAAAAUCCAGUAAUAGAAAACAUCUUUAUCUUGAGAAUCAGCUUGAAAGUUAUUACCAAGUCAUGUAAUUUCAUUCGUUAUUUAUUUUUAUGCCUUCCUCAGCAAUUAAUAGUCUUUGCAAAUACAUUUAUACUUAACUUUCCAAUUGUUUACAUCUCACAGUUUUUCAAUUUCAGAAUUUCAGGCCUUAUUUGUAACUUUCUUGUAUGCAGUCGGAUAAAGCACAAGAUUUGUAAUGUGAUUGAAUAUUAGGAACCAAAUCCAAACUGUAAUUAAUUAUGUAACUAUAAUUAUAUGAGAGACAUUAUUGUAAUUAAAGAUGAGAAUGAUUUUCUUAUGGAAAACUAAAUAUAUUGCUAUAAAAGAGUGUUUUUCAAAUAUUGUCUUUUAUACCUUAUUUGGCUGUAACAUCAGUUUCUUUACAUUUUGUAAAUUUUAAUUUUAACAUUGAAAUUGUACAAAUUUAAUAAUGGACUAUUUUGGAAGCUAUUGUUAUAAUUCUAUAUAAAGAAAUGCAGUGAUGCUGCGACAUGUCAGUUUUGAAGUUACUUUUGGAAGUCAAAGAGAUCAUUGAAGUCUGUCUGUGUUUUGUUUAGAUGACGAAUGUGAAGUUCAGAUGUCAAUUAAUGUGAAUAAAUUUUGUUAAGCAUGAAAAUUUCGCAUUCAUUCAUCAAUGGACCAGGCAGAAAAAACUUAAGUUAUGCAACAUUCAACAUGAAUCUUAACAGUUUGACUUUUGGGUAUUGGAUGUGCAAGAAGCAAGAUCUGAUUUUAUAGUGGUUAUUAAACCAAACCCAUUAUAAUUGUAUCUGUUAGUUUCUAAAGGUCCAUGGCAGGCUUGACUCAUGAGAGUUAAAUGCUUGUGUGAAUCUUGUAAAGUUGUUUUAUUGUGGAGAUGAAAAUACAACAGAGUUGAAAAAAAGUAUCCUGAAAGUACAGAAUCAUUUCAAGAGCAGAAAAGAAAUUCCUUUAACCAGCUAGCGUCUUUAGAGAAGAAGAGUUUGUCAAGAUUGACAC